ACUCUCAGGCACCAUGCUGCAAAUCCUGAUCUUCGCUGCCCUUGUCUUUUGUGGGCGUGGCUUGGAGGACUUCCCAGAUACCAAUACCCGAGUUGUGGGAGGGAACAAUGCCCAAAAAAAUUCCUGGCCUUCCCAGAUUUCUCUCCAGUACUCAUCGUGGGGCUCAUGGAAUCACAUCUGUGGAGGGACUCUCAUUACCCCGCAAUGGGUGGUGACAGCAGCUCACUGUGUGGACAGCAAACUGAAUUUCCGAGUCGUAGUUGGAGAUCAUAACCUGUCCCAGAAUGAUGGCACCGAACAGUAUGUGAGUGUCAGCAAAAUUAUCCAACAUGAGAAAUGGGACACCAACAAUGUGGCGAAGGGCUAUGACAUUGCCCUACUCCUCCUGAGCCACAGCGUCACCCUCAACAACUAUGUCCAGCUGGGCACCCUGCCCCCAUCCGGUCAGAUCCUGCCCAACAACAACGCCUGUUAUAUCACGGGCUGGGGUAGGACCAAGACCAAUGGGCAGCUGGCUGAGACCCUACAGCAGGCAUACCUGCCAGUGGUGGAUUAUGCUACCUGCUCCAGCAGCUCCUACUGGGGCUCCACCGUCAAAAACACCAUGGUGUGUGCAGGAGGAGAUGGCGUGAGGUCUGGAUGCCAGGGAGAUUCUGGGGGUCCUCUUCACUGCCUGGUUAAUGGCAAGUAUGUUGUCCAUGGAGUUACAAGCUUUGUGUCCAGCCUGGGCUGUAACGUCAUCAGGAAGCCCACCGUCUUCACCCGAAUCUCCAAUUACAUCUCUUGGAUCAAUAAUGUAAGUCAGCCCAGUUGCUGGGCAUAA